AUGACUUUAGAAGAGUGAAACUUAAUGAGAGGCUAUCUCCGCAUUCUAUCAUACAGCAACUUCCCCUUAAAACUGUCGUCGAUAAAGUCUAUGUUGUUCAGGUCGAUUAGAAGGCGUUCCCAAUACUUGCUUGCUUCAAAAAAAAAAUAAAAAAAAGAAGGUCCAUUUUCCCACGUAGUGCGUCGGCCAAACCAACUAUUUUCUUCUCGAAGGAAUAGAGGGAUCCUUUUUUUCUAGUUAGACUUCUAUCAAUGCAAUGAAAGAGCCAUCCCUUCCUAUUUCUUUUUUUUUUCAGAUAGAAAUAAAUAAAAUGAGACCCAAAACAAAAUAACCCCUCUUUUCCACUUUAGGGGGCGGGGGUGAAGGGGGGGUUUACACACAACUGAGGCAAAGUGCUUUAUGAUUGAAUCUCAACGGCAUUCUUUUCAUUUGGUAGAUCCAAGUCCAUGGCCUAUUUCGGGUUCACUCGGAGCUUUGGCAAUGACCGUAGGAGGUGUGAUGUACAUGCACUCAUUUCCAGGGGGUGAAACACUUCUAAGUUUUGGCCCUCUUUUUAUCCUAUAUACCAUGUUUGUAUGGUGGCGUGAUGUUCUACGCGAAUCCACGUUAGAAGGACAUCAUACCAAAGUCGUACAAUUAGGACUUCGAUAUGGUUUUAUUUUGUUCAUCGUAUCGGAGGUUAUGUUCUUUUUUGCUUUUUUUUGGGCUUUUUCUCAUUCUUCUUUGGCACCCGCGGUAGAGAUCGGAGGUAUUUGGCCCCCAAAAGGGAUUGGGGUUUUAGAUCCUCGGGAAAUCCCUUUUCUUAAUACCCUUAUUCUUCUUUCAUCCGGAGCUGCCGUAACUUGGGCUCAUCAUGCUAUACUCGCGGGGAAGCAAAAACGAGCAGUUUACGCUCUAGUAGCUACCGUUUUACUGGCUCUAGUAUUCACCGGCUUUCAAGGAAUGGAAUAUUAUCAAGCACCCUUCACUAUUUCGGAUAGUAUUUAUGGUUCGACCUUUUUCUUAGCAACAGGCUUUCAUGGUUUUCAUGUGAUUAUAGGUACUAUUUUCUUGAUUAUAUGUGGUAUUCGCCAAUAUUUUGGUCAGAUGACCAAGGAACAUCACGUUGGCUUUGAAGCAGCCGCAUGGUACUGGCAUUUUGUAGACGUGGUUUGGUUAUUCUUAUUUGUCUCUAUCUAUUGGUGGGGAGGUAUAUGAAGGUAGUUGACUUGCUUACUUGUUAGAGUAAGGAACGAAUCAAAAGAUGUUUUCUUGUCUCUCGUUUCUUUUCUGAACAAAUCGAAGAACCUAAUGGAUCAACUAAUGUUUUGGGAAAGUACACGGCUUAAGGUCUCCCCCUCCUCUCCCAAUCGUGUACGGUUACAGUUAAGUGGUGCGAUGGUGGUUUCUUAUUGGCUGAUAGUUGGAGGAAGACUUCACGAUUAUCCUCCAUUUCCUGGAGAACUUGCAUUAUUUUAAGCCGCUUUUCCGCUGAAGCAUCGAAUAAAUGCGGGUCCUCAACCUAAAAAGAUGAUCACUUCCUAAUGGUAUGUUCUGGGUUCGUUUAGAUAAUGAAGAUCUGAUUCUAGGUUAUGUUUCGGGAAGGAUACGACGUAGUUCUAUACGAAUCCUACCGGGAGAUAGAGUUAAGAUUGAAGUAAGCCGUUAUGAUUCAACCAGAGGUCGUAUAAUUUAUAGACUCCGCAACAAAGAUUCAAACGAUUAAGCCGUUUUUCAACAUUCCUUAUUCCUUUCUACAAAAAUAGAAUUCAAGGUUCAAAAUAUCAAGAAACUUAUUUUCUUCCAAAAAAUAGAUUCAAAAUUAAAACUAAAGAAUAACAAAUAUGAAAAUAAGGGCUUCUGUUCGUCAAAUUUGUGAAAAAUGUCGACUGAUCCGCCGACGGGGACGAAUUAUAGUAAUUUGUUCUAACCCAAAACAUAAACAACGACAAGGAUAAUCAUUCUACUAAACUAUAUACUAAUGAUCUUUCUAAAAUAAUUGCUAAAAUAUUUUAUUGCUGAAAAAAAAAAAUGAAUUCAAUACAAAAUUCAAUUGAA